UGUCACCCUUCCAGUGAAAGCUUGACGGACUACUCAAGACUACUGAAAAACAGGGAUGCAGUUGUCUAUGCUGGUGUUAUGGGCACUGGGAACAUCGCUGGUGUGGGCAGAUGCUACCACAGAAGAAGCAAAGCCCAUGGAGGACUCCACUACCUGCUCAAAGAGCUGUAGCUGUAUUAUUGAUGACUAUACUUCAGAGCUCAUCAUCUACUGCAGUGCACGGAACCUUACAUAUGUUCCUGCUGAUAUCCCUGCGUCUACACGUACUUUAUGGCUAGAUGGAAACCUGUUCACUACCCUCUCAGCUGACAUAUUCAAAAAUCUGAGUAAUUUGGACUUCUUGAAUCUACAAAAUGGGCAUCUGUCAAGCCUAGACUCCCAGGUGUUCAAAGGUCUGCAUACUCUUGCUCACCUACACAUGGAGCGAAACAAUCUCCGCUCAUUACCUGCUACCAUUUUUCAAAACACCCCUGGCCUUGCUUCCCUCAAUCUCCACAACAAUCAGCUGUCUCGUAUAGAUGAAAGGUUAUUUGCAGGUCUCUCUCAUAUGUGGCUGCUGAACCUUGGCUGGAAUUCCCUUGCGGUUCUUCCCGAGACUGGAUUUCAUGACCUGCAUGGUUUACGGGAGUUGGUGCUUGCUGGGAAUCGCUUGGCUUAUCUACAGCCUCAACUAUUCCAGGGUCUUGCAGAGCUAAAAGAGUUGGACCUAAGUGGAAACUAUCUAAGAGUUAUCAAGGCCAAUGUCUUUCUGAAACUUUCAAAGCUGCAAAAGCUUUAUCUUGUUCAAAAUCAGAUUGUGACGGUGGCACCUAGAGCAUUUAUGGGCAUGAAGUCUUUGAGAUGGUUGGAUCUAAGCAGAAAUCGUCUUUCAGUGAUACAUGAUGAAACAUUUCUUGGUCUACAUAGCCUAAAUGUACUUCGCCUAUCAAACAACUCAGUAAGCAGCCUAAAGCCAGGUACAUUCCGUGAUCUGCAGUAUCUUGAAGAGCUUUGUCUACGCCACAACCAGAUUAGAGCACUAGGAGAGAAAGUUUUUGAAGGACUGGGUCAUCUUGAGGUGCUUAACUUAGAAUACAAUAGGCUACAAGAGGCACGAACAGGUACCUUCAUGGGACUUAGUCACGUGGCGGUGAUCAAGCUCACUGGUAGCUGUUUCCGCAGUCUUCCAGACCAAGUUUUUAAAGGCCUGUCAAAGCUACAUAGCAUUCAUCUUGACAAAGGCUGUUUGACCAAAGUAUCCACCCAAGGUUUUGCUGGUCUGACAGGCCUACGACGACUUUUCCUACAACACAACAACAUCUCUGUGGUGGAGCGUCAGAGUUUUGUGGAGCUCCAAGGGCUGCAACAGCUUGACCUAAGAUUCAACAAACUGGCAUCACUCUCUUCCCACACCUUCUAUGGAUUAAAGAGUCUUGAUUACCUUCUGCUAUCCAACAAUAUCCUCCGCCACAUUCCAUCAGAAGUACUUCUACCAUUGCAGCACCUAUCUUGGCUAGACCUCUCUGGAAAUAAGCUGGAAGUUCUACUUAAUGCGACAUUACAUAUGCUGCCACUUCUGCACUACCUCAACCUGAAGGAUAAUGCGCUGACCACACUUCCAUCUUCCAUUCCAGAUGGCUUAGACCAACUCUGGCUGUCAGGCAAUAGCUGGAAAUGUGACUGUAGUGCUAAACCUUUCAAGGAUUUCAGCUUGCAGAAGCCACAAGUGAUUCCACGGCAGGUGGAGACCUUGGCAGAGGGUGAAGAACCCCAUACACUUGUCACAAUCUAUAACAACAUCACAUGCGCCAGCCCACCCAGUCUUGCUGGACUGGAUCUGAGAGAUGUCAGCAGUGAACAGUUUUGCUAAAGGUUUUAGAAAUGUGGUUGACAGGCUUUCAUGUUAGCUUCUACAAACAUGACAAAUUAUUAUUUAAUUGUGAACAUUCAAUAUUUCUGUAUUUGUAACUGUAGUGUCAUUGCUUGUAUCACAAUGUUUUGCUGUUUAGCCACAUUUCAUGAAUCCACUGUAAUUCAUACAAACACAAUUUGCUCAGUAUGCACUUCAUCUGAUGAACAAUCACCAUUUAUGUUACUGUAUGUCAAUACCAAGUCUUUGGACUAGCCUUGAUUUAAAUUAAUAUAACUUACCAGUAGCAUGAAUGAUUAAGGAUUCUGUGGUUUUGGUGCCCAUAGUUUCCUUAUCACAAUACUUGCUUUCCUGUUGGUUGUUAUUUGUUAUUAAUGACACAUAAAAUAAUAAAUAAUACACGUUUCAUUAAAUUUAUACUUAAUCAAGGAAA